AUGCCAGUUGAACUCCACGCCAUUGCUUACGCUAAUGGUUGUGCUGAUGAGAUUCAAAGAAUUGAACGGGAGAUUAGAGAGAAACCGCGCAACAAGAUGUUAUUUCAAACACUACCCUUUCAUAAACGAAGAAGAACAGCUUCUUUUGAUGAGCGCAGAAUACCUAAGGAGGCACGAAGGGGUGAGAAAAGUCGGCGACGGGCAAUUCGGCAAAGAGUUGUUUGGGGGUCUGGGAAGCUACAUGCACAUACCUGGUACGCCAAAAGGUUCUUUAUGCACACCAACCUAGGCACAACUCUGCCUUAUAAACGGCAUAUGAAGAGUGAUAAGUUUAUUGCGGCAGCUCUAAGCACUCGGGGUUUAUUGAGUGAUAUUUCGUACUGUAAAGUGUAUUUGGCCGGUGGAGUAGGAUUGGAUGUUUUGUCGCCGCAGGUGGAGUAUUCUUCAAACUACAGUCGAUCAAUUGUCUGGCAAAACUCGACUGAGUGUAUUAUUAUUAAAGAUACACAAGCGGAAGUAAAUCAAGGUGGUAGUGGUGAAAGUGUAAAUGAGAAUGAGAAUAAGUGUGAAGUUAUAGGUGGGAAUGAAGAGAUGCCGGCUUUGGAGGAUCUGUGUAUCUUUAUGUUCUAUGGUGAGCAGAAGAUGUAUGCUGCAACAGGGUAUGUUAAUUGUAGGUCGGCUCGGGAGUUAGUAGAGAACCGGACGGGCCCCUUAGCUUAUGUUUGUAUGGCACUUGACCAGACUAGAGUGGUUUUGCUUAUCAACCGAGCUCGGUGUAUGGAAGUCAUGCAGAAGUGUGUAGUGGGCGGAAUUGUGCCUAUUAGUACUCUGGAACUGUUCCGUAUUGGUACGGAGUUAGACCGGGUGGUUUAUCCUUUUGACUUGCUAAGUACUCGUCGUGGUCAUUCUUUAUGGGAGGCAACUAACCAGGCAGAAUUAGAUGUUCUGGCUAAAAAACCACGGGGUAAACGACCGGUUGAUGUUUUACCUUUAUUUACUGGAGAUCUAACCCAGGCUACUCCUUAUCUCUUUGUAGCUGAUAAAGGAUCCUUCAUGCCUGGCUCGCCUGUUAUUUUGGCUGAGUCAUUAAACUCUUCCGAGCCAGAAGGUUUUCCAAUGUCUGGCCAAGAGUCUGUGGUUGGUUGCGUUCUAAGGUCAUCUUUUUCGUUCAAGCGCGGGCGUACUACCGGAGUCCUCUACCUCGCCCAAUUACCCGAUAGCACACAAACUCCUUUCAUUCGCAAUCGCCGCUCCCACCAAUUUUACCCUGUCUCUCUCACCCCAAUUACUCCUUGUAAUACUAUCUAA